AUGCAUUUGCCCUCGCUUCUUUCGCUGGCCACACUACUGGUGGCAAGCUUGAAUGGCGCUCAAGCCAAAACGCACACAGCCAAGGUGUAUAAGAACAAGGUCAAUGCUGAUGACGCGGAGUUCCUGGUGUUCAAAAGCGCAAGAGAACUUGGAGACAAGUACUUGAAGCAAUUUUCGUCUGCUUAUCCUGAAGCCAAUCUAGCAGCAGCCGACUUUCAAACGCAUUUUGGCGUUCCUGAUGUUGACGAGGAUACAAUGGUCUCUUUGGAUAGCCAUGACGUUCCCUUGUCGAACUACCUCAACGCACAGUAUUUCACCGAUAUAACGCUUGGAACACCUCCACAGAGCUUUAAGGUCAUUUUGGACACAGGUUCGUCGAACCUGUGGGUGCCAGGUGCUGAAUGUGGCUCGUUGGCGUGUUUCUUGCACUCCAAGUACGAUCAUGAGUCCUCCUCCUCGUACAAAGCGAACGGCACCGAGUUUGCCAUCCAAUACGGUACCGGGUCCUUGGAAGGUUACAUUUCCCAGGAUACGUUGAGUAUUGGUGACCUGACAAUCCCCAAGCAGGAUUUCGCAGAGGCCACCUCUGAACCCGGUCUCACUUUUGCUUUUGGCAAGUUUGACGGUAUCCUAGGUCUUGGCUACGACACUAUUGCCGUCAAGAAAGUGGUUCCUCCUAUCUACAAGGCGAUCGAACAGAAAUUGUUGGACGAGCCAAGAUUUGCCUUUUACCUCAACGAUGCUGACAGCGCUGAGGAAUCUGUGGGUGAAGUCUCAUUUGGUGGCAUUGACAAAUCCAAGUACAAGGGUGACAUCACGUGGCUGCCUGUUCGUCGUAAGGCGUACUGGGAAGUCAAGUUUGACGGUAUCGGACUUGGCGACGAGUAUGCUGAGUUGCAAAACACCGGUGCUGCUAUCGACACAGGAACUUCUUUGAUUGCCUUGCCCUCUGGUCUUGCUGAAGUCUUGAACUCGGAAAUUGGCGCCAAGAAGGGCUGGACCGGCCAAUACACCGUCGACUGUGAGACUAGGGACCAAUUGCCAGACUUGACCUUCACUUUCAACGGUCACAACUUCACCAUCUCCGCCUAUGACUACACUCUGGAAGUGUCAGGCUCUUGUAUCUCUGCGUUCACCCCAAUGGACUUCCCAGAGCCCGUGGGGCCUCUGGCCAUCAUUGGUGACGCCUUUUUGCGCAAAUUCUACUCGGUUUACGACUUGGGCAACAAUGCUGUUGGUUUGGCUCAAGCUGUUUGA